UAAAAUACUGCAGAGAGGAGGAGACGAUGUUGUAAAUAUUACAGCUUUUUCCAUGCAUUAAAGGUCUGCUUUUGCUUAUGGGCUUGAGCAGCGCUUGGCUGUGCCCCUCCUGAGUGCUCCUUGGAAAAGUGAUGAUGAUCACAUUCAUGAAUAACUCGGACAGCGAGGAGGAGCCCUGCAAUGAGAGAACCUCUCUGAUGUCUGCAGAGAGCCCUCCCGUACCCUCCUACCAGGAUGGCCUGCCAGCCUCAGAAGCAGGGGAAGCACAGACACAUAGGAAGAGGCAAACGGGUAGCAGCCAUAGCCCUAACAAUGCUGCUGACGGGAAUGUGUCUGACUCGGGUGUUCCAGUAAGAGAGAGUGCCUUGGAAAAUGAAGAGGAGGAACUGACUCUGAAAUAUGGAGCAAAGCAUGUAAUCAUGCUCUUUGUGCCUGUCACCCUUUGUAUGAUUGUUGUCGUCGCCACCAUAAAGUCAGUGCGCUUCUAUACGGAGAAAAACGGGCAGCUGAUCUACACACCUUUCAGUGAGGAUACCCCAUCUGUGGGCCAGCGUCUCUUGAACUCAGUGUUGAACACCAUCAUAAUGAUCAGCGUCAUUGUCGUGAUGACCGUAUUCCUAGUUCUGCUCUAUAAAUAUCGCUGCUACAAGUUCAUCCAUGGCUGGCUGAUCCUGUCUUCUUUGAUGCUGCUCUUCCUUUUCACCUACAUAUACCUCGGGGAAGUACUGAAGACGUACAAUGUGGCCAUGGAUUAUCCCACUCUGAUUUUAGUCAUCUGGAAUUUUGGGGCUGUUGGAAUGAUUUGCAUCCACUGGAAAGGUCCCUUGCAGCUCCAGCAAGCAUAUCUCAUUAUGAUCAGUGCUCUAAUGGCGCUGGUUUUCAUUAAAUAUCUACCUGAGUGGUCAGCAUGGGUCAUUCUAGGUGCCAUCUCUAUCUACGAUCUGAUGGCUGUUCUCUGUCCCAAGGGGCCGCUAAGAAUGCUGGUAGAAACUGCACAGGAGAGAAAUGAACCCAUUUUUCCUGCGCUGAUAUAUUCUUCUGCUAUGAUGUGGACAGUUGGAAUGGCAAAGCCAGACACAGCAGCAAGAGCACCAAGUCAGCAGACAUGGGAUACAGCUGAGGAUGGGAGAGAGAACCACAGAAGUCCUUCGCACUCAGACUCUGAAAUUUUGGAGACAAGGAGUCCUGUUCCAACCCACCCCAUCGCUUCUUUAGAGGAGCUGGAGGAGGAGGAAAGGGGUGUGAAGCUGGGCCUUGGAGACUUCAUAUUUUACAGUGUGCUUGUUGGGAAAGCAGCUGCCACAGCUAGUGGAGACUGGAAUACUACACUGGCCUGUUUUGUAGCCAUCCUCAUAGGUUUAUGUUUAACUCUUUUACUACUGGCUGUUUUUAAGAAAGCAUUGCCUGCUCUUCCCAUCUCCAUCACCUUUGGCUUGGUCUUUUACUUCUCAACAGACAACCUCGUGCGACCGUUCAUGGAUACCCUGGCUUCCCACCAGCUGUAUAUUUAGAAGGAGAAGAAGUUAAGAGUUUGGUGUUUUUUUGGUUUUUGUUUGUUUGUUUGGUGUUUUUUUUUUUUUUUGGAAAGCUUUUCCGUGAAGUACGGUAUGCUGUUUGGAAUAAGUCAUUAAGUUUUACACUUAGUGCCAUAUAUUUUUAGGGAAAACACUAACUCUGUGACACGAUGUAUACUGAAAAUCUAGUAGUUACAUCUAGUUGCAUCAUAGUCUGAAUUUUUUCACAGGAGCCCUAAGUCUUCUGGACUACAGUGAAAAGCCUGGCUUAUUGCUGAUGUCAGAGCAUUACUUAAAUGUAUUUGAUGUGUACACUGGCUGUUUUGAGCACGGAAACCUGUAUGUAGCAUGGACUGGUGGACAGAUGAAGGGUCUGAUCUGUGCUUCCAGGAGCUAAGGCGUUUUAGCCCUGGAAUUGCAGUGAAGUUCAAUUGUGCUCUGUAACUGUUAACACUUCAGUGUUUUGAAGUGUUGUACAAACAUGUAGCAAAAAUAAGUCACAUUUGUAAUUAAAAAUAUAUAGCAGUCAACACGCACAGAGCAAUGUCACGCCUGGUUAUAUUAGACAGAGAAGUGUGGGGCCCAACUUCAUAAGCUGUCUGUGUACAUAACUUCUAUUGAAAUUGCCCCAAAUGCCUAUUUAUUCCGACUCUAGUGAGACACGGUGAGCAAUGAUGGAUCCAGACAGGACAUCAGCAAUAGGAAUUUUAAACACCAGGCUUGUGGUUCUGAGUGCAUCCACCACUGUAGCAAACAGCUGAAGGCAGGGCUGGCUGUUCCAG